CAUUAAAUGGCUCAAAAUAAUACAUUUCCAAAGAAAAAUGAAAACAUUCUUCAUAGUCAAGAGUUUAAAUUAAAGUUUAGUGAAAGCGUUGGAAUAGAUUGGAGAACUCUUGGUCGUUGGUUAAAUAUUGAAGACAGUUAUUUAGACAUGAUUAAUCAAGAUAAUCCAAGAACUGAUGCAAAAGCAUAUUCAAUGUUAACUAAAUGGAUCCAAAUAAAUGAAAAUCCAACGCUUGAGAAGUUAAAAGCUGCAGUAAGGAACAUGAAGAGAAUGGAUUUAAUAAAAAAAAUAGACCAAUUUACAAACUUUUCAAAUUCACCAGAAAUUGCCAGUAGACUUUGUGUCAAGAAAGAUAUAUCAGAGAUAUGUAUAGCAUUGAAAAGUUAUUAUCUUAUAAAUUAUGAGAAAAUAACCGAAAUUCAACCACUAUUAAAAGCACUUGCAAAUGUUGAUUUAGUACAUAAAUUUGUUGAUCUAUGUAUUGUUGAUGCUGUAAAUACUCAAAUUGAUGUUGCUAGUAGUUUUGAACGAGAGAAAUUUCUUGAAAAGCAAAUGAGUUAUACACCAAUUCCAUAUAAUGAAAUAUUUACGAAAGAAAAAUCUGUAAUAUUAAUAUCUGGAAUAGCUGGUAUCGGGAAAACAUGGUUGCUAAGAAAAUGUUUGCUCGAUUGGUCAAAUGAUUUAAUUUGGAAAAAUGUUGAACUUGUAUUUUAUUUGGAAUGCAGGAAACUUAAUCAACUUCAAAAUAUUUCUAAUAUUAAUGAAUUACUGAAUGUUUUCUACAGUGAUGUUAUAAAUGGUGUUGAUAUCAGUAAUCAUAAUGCACUGUUUAUAAUUGAUGGAUUAGAUGAAUUUAAAUAUUUAAAUGAAUUAAUACAUAAGGAUUCAAGUUGUAAUCAUCUGAUUGUUAAUGCUUUCACAGAAAUUCAAAAACACAAAUACAUAGUUGCUGGUAGAGUUUAUGCAAUUGAUCAAUACCAAAGUAUAUGUACAGAGCACAGUGAUAAGUUAAACAUUCAAAUUAUGGUAUUUAAUGAAAAUGGAAUAAAUAAUUAUGUAGAAAAUCAUGUUAUGGAAGAAAAAAAGGAAGUUCUCAGAGCAACUUUAAAAGAAUCUACAAUUGCAAAAGCUAUGGCAUCUGUUCCAUUUUAUUUAUCUUUUAUGUGUAAAAUUAUAAGUGAUUUAAAUAAAAAAUAUACCACUUCAUUUUUAACCAUGACAGAUCUGUAUGCAAAUAUUUUUUUAUACUUUUUGUACAAACACAUCAUUAAAAACAAUGGAUUGGUUUAUCAAAUGAUGGAAAAUGAAAAUAAUAAAAAAUAUGUUUUAAACAUUUGUAGGAUUGCUUUUGAAUUGUUUAUUGAAAAUAAAAUUAUUUUUUCGAAAGAGGAAGUUUUACUUUUUAUCAAUGACUUUAAUGAAGUUGAGGAAAGUUUUUUUGGUUUUAUUGAAAGGGUUGAAACACAUCUAGGUUAUCAUUACCAGUUUGCACAUUUGACAAUAAUGGAAUUUUGUGCAUCUGUGUAUGCAUAUAGUUGUUUAAGCAGUAAAGAGAUUAUGGACAACAUAUUUAUAAGGCCAAAGCUAAAGAGUUGUUUAUCAAUGAUUUGUGGAUUAACUAAUAAAAGUCAAAAUAGUCUAUUGAAGUUUCUUGUUAACCUGAAUCCUUUGAAAAAAUCUAAUGAAAAAUCUCUACUAUUGUCAAUUUUAGAGCGUCUACUUAAAAGUGACGAUAAUUUAUUCUAUGAAUGUUUUUAUGAAAGUCAAUCAUCAUUUACUGAUGAAAUAACACUAAUAAUCGAUAAACGAGAUAAGUGGGAGAUUUCAAUUACCGAUAGAAAAACUUCUUACGAAACUUCUUGUGAAAAUUACUUCGUAAAUCAUUACAUUAAAUCUGGAAGAAAGAUUAUGUCGCUAAGUGUUUUUAAAAAUAUUUUAAGUGAUGAAGAAAAACAUCUUUUCAUUCAAUGUUCAACUAAUGUUCGCUUUGUCUACCUUUAUGAACCAAUUAAAUUUGAAGGAUGGAAGCCGAAAGAUAAGAUAGAAAGGUUGUCGAUAUAUAUCUCACGUCAUUUUAUAACGAAAAAAGAUUUUGAAGAAAACUUUCUUUCGUGGAUUAAUCUUUGUGAAAUAUUAGAAAUUUCACUUCACGACGACACUGAUUUUAUUGAACAUAUUUAUGAAUGGAUUCGUUGUUCGAAUAUCAAAAAGUUGUGGAUUUUGUACCGUGGAAAACAUUUUUAUAACCGUAAGAAACUAAAAAACUUUAUAAGACCGAAAAAAUGUUUAAUAUUUUAAAAAUAUAUAAUAAAAACAGUACUCAUAAAAUAAUGAAUGAAGUAUUUAAUGUGUCAUUUUGUAAUUAAGUAUUAUAUUACUGUAUAAUUUUAUAUAAAAACUUUUUUUAAAUAUUAUUAUUAUUAAUACUAUU